GGGAGCGCGCCGCGCGGCUGUGGAGAGGCGUGACGCGCCCGAACCGCAUCUCCAGGAUGGCAGGUCCUCCUGACAGGCCCUCGGCUCUCUGCACUGGCGUGGGACCGGCAACCCUCUGAGGACGAUGGACCCUGUGAUCUCACUGGGUACCGGCUCAAGGAUCAGGACCAGGAUGGAUGCAGGAACCUCGUUGUGCAGACACAUGGUCGGUGUGGUGUUAGUAGUGGCCGGCACGCUGGUUUCCAUGGUAACCACAGGCUCAUCUGCAGCAGGUUUGCUGGACGUCAAUAGGACUGUGGACCCUUUGUCACAUUCUUCAUCACCAUCGUUGUCAUCGUCCACCCUCCCUUCCCCCUCCCCUCCCAGCCAGCUGUCAGUCUCUGGUUACCAUGGUCACCAUGACAGUGCAGGCUCAGCAGAGGACUCUGACUCUGGCGCUCAGGGGAUCCACCUUUUGCUGAGACCUCCAGACCUCUUGUCCCCCAGCCUCCCCCCACCCCUUCCCCCACACAGCCAGCCCACCCUCACCCCUCCUCCCCCCUGGGAGCAAGGCCCCUCUCUGGAGGAGGCCUGGGGCUCUGGGGACUACCUGGAGACCCUGUCCUUCAUGGUGCCAGACGGCGAAGAGCUGGCCCUUGCCACGCCCCUGCCCAGCCACCCCUGGGACACGGACACUGGGGGGGAAUGGGUCUCUUACGACACUGUCUUCCCGGCCCGUCCCACUCUCCCCCUCUCUUCCCAUUUACCCCUGUCCCCCUCUUCAUCCACCCUGAGGUUUUCCCUGCGUACCCACCCUGCCCAUCCAGAUGUUUUCCCCACCUGGGACGAGGACUACGACCCAGAGGACAUGGUUCCUCUGGAGCCGACUGAAGUCCUGCUGCCAGACAUGAACAGUCUAGAAUAUUACAACAACCUGCUGGCCCGGGAGAGGGAGAGGGACCUGAACCAAGACCGGGAUCAAGACCAGGUGAACCAGACCAACUCCAGACCUACCAUUACUCCUUCAACAACAGAGACCCACCAUACUCUUGUCACCCCUACCCUGAGUUUUGGUCCUCCUUUGGAACCAGAGCCCAAGCAUGUCCCUCCUCUUCCAACCCCCCGUUUCACAGUAUCACCCACAAUGACAGUGGGGGAGAGGCCAGCCCUCACCUCCAUUCCCUCCCCUGCCACUCCAAAACUCAAAGACCGUGACCCCCUCCCAGGUAGAUACCCUCCACGUCCCCCGUCCAACACCACCGGCAGGGUGCCACCCCCUCCCCUGCUGCGACCACCUGCCCACCCUGACAAACCAGAGCAGCCUUCUGUGGUCACAGAGAAGCCACCAAAGGCCCCACCCACCAGGACCACUGCUGUCACUACCACCACGCAAAUGACCGCCAUCAGCCUGACCAGAGCCCCCCCAGUCACUACGCCCAGAGUAGCCCAGACUCCACCCACCAGACAGUACCUGUGCAACGUCACCAAGCCAGAGAUGUACCUGGUUAGAGUAGUCAGUUCCAAAGGCUCGUCGGCUGGAUUCAGUCAGGUUCGAGACCUCCUGAGGAGAGACUUCAACCGUUCAGUGGAGCUGCAGUUCCUCAGAACUCCAUCCAGUUUUGCCUUUCGUGUUGUGUCAGGAGCCAUGAUUUUUACUGCCAUCUCAGUCAUCAAUGCUCUCCGCCAGACGCCACGCGGUUCAGGCCCCGUUCCCACCGUAUCGCCGCUGUACACUGUACCAGACCUCAGGUACCAGAUCCACUCCAUGCUGCAGUUUGUCCCCGCCCACAUUGACAUCAGAGUCUGCAACUUUAGCGAGCGGGUGGAGAGAGGGCUGAUUAUGGCGUACGCAGUGGCACAACGACGAUCGCAUGAAGUGGGGAACGUCACGGUCCAGCUGCUGAACAUCACAAUGGCCGUGGCCCUGCCAGAUGCCGCUCACAAGAUCCCUGUCGACAUCACAUUCGCAGUGCGUGAUGGGCGGGGCUACCUGCCAGGGUCAGAAGUCAGCGAACACCUGAGGAAGUUGAGCCAGGUUGAGUUCAGCUUCUACAUCGGAUUUCCUGUUCAGCAGAUCGCAGAACCCUUUCACUACGAUGAGCUGAACACAACUCACCACCUGCGCUUCACCUGGGUCCGCACAGUCCUGCUGGGAGUCCAGGAGCAGCUGGUGGCUCAGAGGACCUUCAAAGCUCGUCUGGAGAGACGCCUGGCACUUUUACUGGAGGAGGGACUGCAGGAGACCAGCAGGAGGAGGUGGAGGAGAGCAACAGCUGUCGGCAACAACAGUCUGCAGGUUGUUCGGGUGUCCAGGCUGUCCGGACCAGAGCGUCCCCUGGAGGUCUUUUACUUUGUGGAGGGUCCAGGUGGAGAGAGGUUCUCAGCUGAGGUCACUGCCGCCACCCUGAACCGUCUGGACCUUCAGAGAGCCGCCAUUGUCCUUGGACACAAAGUCCAGAGACCACUGGCCCAACCUGUGGAGAUCCUGUCUGUCCCUCCAGCAGAGACUCAGACCAGCAGUAUCUGGCUGAUUGUGGGCGUUGUUGUCCCUGUCCUUCUGGCCGUUUUCAUCAUCAUCAUCCUCUACUGGAAGCUGUGUGGCUCCGAGAAGCUCGAGUUCCAGCCAGAUGCCAUCAGCACCAUCCAGCAGAGACAAAAGCUUCAGGCUCCAAGCGUCAAAGGGUUCGAUUUUGCCAAACUCCAUCUGGGUCAGCACAGCAAAGACGACAUCAUGGUGAUCCAGGAGCCCGGCCCGCUGCCUGCUCCCAUCAAAGAGGCCACGCCGUCUGAUAUCGGAGAUCUCAACACCCCCAAAUCCAAAGGAUCGGCCACCAAGGCACCCCGUUCGGGUCGGCGCAGGGGGAGGCUCAGCCCAUCAGAUGGGGACUCGUUAGGAAGCGACCAAUCAAGCGGCAGGGAGUCAGCAGAAGAAAGUACCAGACCUGUGGCUACUCCCAGUGAAGGGAAACAGCACAGGAAGACGGCCAAAAAUGGGAGGAACAAGAUGGGCAGCGGUCCAGACGAGCUUCUGUCCUCGUCCUCUAUCUUUGACCACGUUGACCGUCUUUCCCGCGGUUCCUCUGAUGGCAACCGUCGUCAGGCAAACAAGGUGCAACUCAUCGCCAUGCAGCCACGACCGAGCCCGCCGCCGCAGGCCCCACCACAACUGAGUCCCUCACUUACGGAAAAGGUCAACACAGAGGUGGCGCUGAGGCACAAGUCUGAGAUCGAGCAUCACAGGAACAAACUGCGGCAGCGUGCUAAGAGGCGGGGCCAGUGUGAGUUUCCCUCUAUGGAUGACAUCAUGGAUGCCUUCGGAGAUGGACCGGUCCAGAGCGAAGUGGCACAGCGGCUCUACAGUUCAGCUCAUGACCACAUGGACUGCAUCCUGCAGGCAGACACUGCCUCACCCCCAACCCCCACCGACUCCAGAAAAAGAGGGAGGAGGUCUCCUCGGGGUCGGCGUCCUCCGCCAGGACCAGGAAGUCUUCCUGACACAGACAGAGACCGCCUUCUCUAUGAUCAGAGCGCCACCUAUAGGAAGUACCCAGGACUCAACAACGUGGCCUACAUGUCGGACCCUGACCUGCCCCCCGACCACGGCAGUCCCUCCCCUACUGAUGAAGUGUUUGACCCCGCCCCAUCCCCGCCCCCCUACAUGCCCCCACAGCCUUCCAUUGAGGAAGCCCGCCAGCAGAUGCACUCUCUCCUGGAUGACGCCUUCGCCCUGGUGUCGCCGUCCUCACAGGGCAGCGCCGGGGUGAGUGGGGUAAGCCCUGCCCUGCACAGCCCCUCCCCUCAGGGCCGACCUCUGGGCCGGCAGUGGGGCUUUUAUUCAGCAGCCCCCUCCCACAGCCUUUUUUCUGCACGAUAUGCAGAGUUGGGAAUGUCCCCCACAUCCAUCCACGGUAUGCUCCAGAGGCAGGGUUUUGGCUCAGGAGGGUAUGUUCCUACUGGAGACCAGCUUCAAGAGCCAGUUUACUCCAACAGGGGCCAGUACGAGGACCCCCCAUCCUCCUCCAGACCACGACCUGUAGGGGGCAGCACAGGUGCCCAGCUUCACCACCUGACACAGGUGGGUCUGUCCAGUCAGAUUGGAGCAUACCCUGCAGUGGGUCGCAGCAUGUCGGGGCCAACUGGCUCCAGUUGGCACCACCAGCAGUCGGACCAGGACCUGUCCAGACCUGGAGCCAGCAGGGAGAGCGUGCUGUCGUUUCCCGAGUUCUCCUCUUCCUCAGUUUUCCAGAUGCCCAGCUCCUCGUUGCGUGAACCUUCAGCUCCGCCCCUCCUCCUGACCUCACCCACACCCGAGUAUCCACCGGAAGACGCCUCCCCAUCUGCCCACACCUCCGCCUCUCUUAUAAAGGCUAUCAGGGAGGAGCUGCAGCGCCUGGCCCAGAAACAGGCUGCAGUAACCAGCUACCCAUAGACUCAUCUGGACAUUUUCGGGUCAGAACUUGGUUUCAAACAUAGAAAACUGAUCUUUUUUCUGGACUCUCUUGAGCUAAUCUGCAUCUAUGAUGCUGAACCCAAAAUAACUACAAUCCAUGUUUGAGAACAAGGAUAGUGUCUUCUGGUACUUUACAGGGUCCCGUCUUUAUUUUAUGUAUCCAUCACCCCCCAGUGUUUCAUUUGACAUAAGUUUGACUCCCGUUUCCACUGAAGUGCUUCCUGGAGUAGAUCAUUAAAUGAUCAUUCUUCCUGAACUUCCAGACCGAGUCAUCCCCUUGGAACUUCUGGAGCAGCAGUAUUCCCCUGAAAAUCCUGAAGGUGCUUCCACCAGUUCUGAAGCUGAUCCUGGUAUUCUACAGUUUAAGCUUGUUACAUACUCCACUAGAAGCAAGAACUUUGUUCUUGUUCUCGAGACAGCAAGAACAAGAACAAAAGUUCUCGCUUCUCGCGGAGUAUGUUCCAGCCUUAACUCAUCCUUCUUGAGGCGUUGGGGAGAACUGAACGGAUCAUCCCUCCUGGAGUUCUAAAUGGAUAGUUUGUUGCUGUGUUCUGGAUUGAACGUAUCUUUUUAACCUUCUGGAGUGGACCGUCCCUUCUGAACUUCAGAUGCUCAUCUCCUUCAGGUGGAUCAUCCUUCCAGACCUUCUGGAGUAUGUGAUCACCCUUGGACCCGGAAUCUGAUGGUGCUGCUGAAGUUCUGAAGAGGGCUGUCUUUCUGGAUCCUCUGUGGUGCUAACCGUCAGCCUCAUAACAUCUCCUCAUUGACCAGUUACUGCCUUUCACACUCCCAUUAGCCAUGAUGAUCAGGUCCAUAAACCAUUCUAAAGGUGGAUAACUGGAGGCCCAACGUCAUGGGGAUGAACAACAGGAAAAAUAAUAUAUAUACAUAUAUAAAUAUUUAUAAGAAUAAAUAAAUAAAUGUAAAGAGAUAGAGUCCUGAUGAGCACAAUAUAAAUGUCAGAGUAACUAUCGGAGUAUUGAGAUGUUAUUUUUAUUGCUAAUGAUAGUUUACUUUAAUGCUUUAUUUUGAGCAGAAAAGACCAAACUACUGUUAUGUGGUUGUAUAACUUUUGUGUUUGAGCUUGCUGUAGAUGUUGAGCGUUUGUUGCUUAGUGUAGCUGCUCGCUCGUGUGUUCAUGUGUCGGUGGCAAAGAAAAAAACAAACAGCUGAUGCAUCUCUUCUCGUCGCUGAUUGGUUGCUCCCAUCAGUCAGAGCGCUGCAGAUCACCCUUGACUGGUUUCUCAAAGGGCAGAGAUGGGAAACUGGUUGUUCAACCUCAACCUGAAGCUGAUAGAUGCCUUUCUGCUGUAGUUUUAACAGAAACUAAACUGGUCAGAAUCAGUCAGUAAAUCAGUGUUUGUUGGAUUAUUUCUAUGUUAUAACAAUAAACCGUCUACUGUUUAUCCUGUUUAUUUCCCUUUCAAUGGAGCUACAUCUGGAAGGAAACUGUGUUUGUGGGAUGAGCAGCAGAGUUAGAUUUGUGGACUAGAUCUUCUCAGCCAAACAGCUGAUUCUCCUG